AUGGAUCAACACGACGACUUCGACAGCGUUUCCUGGAAGCAUGACCCGGAUAGCGAUGCCUCGCGGCCAACAACUGCCGGCACUGAUGCCGCGGAAUCGAGUGAAAUCGGUCAUGAUACCAAUGGCAAGCGCAGAAUGAGCUCCGCCCAUGAAGAGCCCCAGGCCGGCCCGCUAGCCGAUGCCGUUGACCUGGCGGGCAUCGGCGACGGAGUCCUUGAAUGUCAGGUUGACUCCCCGCUCAAAGAGAACGACGGCACAAAAGACGCAUAUAUCUCAUACCUAGUCACCACACAUACCGAUUUUAAGGCAUUCCAGAAACCAGAGUUCAAUGUUCGACGACGAUUCACCGACUUCUACUUCCUAUACAAGACACUCUAUCGGGAAUACCCAGCAUGCGCGGUGCCGCCGCUCCCGGACAAGCACAAGAUGGAGUACGUGCGAGGAGACCGUUUCGGGCCGGAGUUCACAACGCGACGAGCAUGGUCGCUGCAUCGUUUCCUCAAACGCUUGACUCUUCAUCCCGUGCUCCGACGAGCUCCCUUGCUCACUAUCUUCUUGGAGUCGCCGGACUGGAACGCUCACAUGCGCCUGCACUCAACCCGAACAUCCACUAAUACCAAUUCAGACGGUGCUGCGACUGGGAUCUUUGAUAACUUCACUGACACAUUCGUGAACGCCUUUUCUAAAGUCCACAAGCCAGACCGGCGCUUUAUCGAAGUCCGCGAGAAGGCCGAUAAGCUAGACGAGGACCUGUCGCAUGUGGAGAAGACCGUCGCCCGCGUUGCGCGCCGCGAAUCAGACCUGGAGACAGACUAUGCCGAGCUGGCGACGCAGUUCCGAAAGCUUGUUCAAUUGGAACCUGCCGUUGAGGUGCCACUACAGGUCUUCGCGGCUUCCGUAGAGGAGACAGCGCGCGGAAUGCGCGGCUUGAAAGAGCACACUGAUCAAAAUUACCUUGGCUCGCUGCGCGAUACAGAGUCCUACAUCAUGUCUUUGAAGACGCUUCUGAAGACCCGCGAGCAGAAACAGCUCGAUUUUGAGGCUUUGGUGGACUACCGCAACAAGGCUGUGACCGAGCGUGACUCCCUCGCUGCUAAUCCAGCUGCCUACUACGCUUCAAACCCGCUCACCUCCUCACCUGCUUCCUUCAUUCGCUCAAAGAUGGAAGAUAUGCGGGGCGUCGAUCACGAACAGUCUCGUCGGGAGCGAGUCCGCAAACUUGAACUCCGCAUUGACGAGCUAACUCGCGAAGUCGAAUCUGCAAAGACUACCUCUGAGAUGUUCGACGAGGAAGUCGUCCGUGAAGUGGCAGACUUCGAACGCAUCAAGGCGGUUGAGUUCCGUGAUGGUCUUGGGUCUUUUGCCGAUUCGCACAUCGAGUUCUACCAAGGCGUACUUUCGACGUGGGAAAGAUUUGUGGCUGAGAUGGAGGGAGAGGGAGAGGGAGAAAGUCGUGAAUCGGAUGCAGCUGCUUUUGGUGCUGUUUAG